CUACCACUGCUUGAAGAUAACAUUGGAGUAACUGUUGAAACUUAGUGGAGCAGAAGACAGUCCUUUCGUCUCACUUCUUUUUGUUUCCCUGCUACUGUGAGCAUUACUGGAACGACUGAAAAACUUGCAAAAUAAAAUGAACAUGCUGUGGUCUUGAACAUAAUUUUAUUUUUCUUUUCCUGAGGAAAAGUUAAAGUGGCAGAGUACCAGCCAGAAUGGCAUCCAGGGAGAGGCUCUUUGAACUCUGGAUGCUUUAUUGUACAAAGAAAGAUCCAGAUUACCUGAAAUUAUGGUUGGACAGUUUUGUUUCCAGUUAUGAACAAUUCUUAGAUGUUGACUUUGAGAAACUGCCUACCAGAGUAGAUGAUGUGCCUCCCGGAAUAUCUCUGCUUCCUGAUAAUAUUCUUCAAGUUCUGAGGAUCCAGCUGCUACAGUGUGUGCAGAAAAUGGCAGAUGGAUUAGAGGAACAACAACAGGCUUUGUCAAUUUUGUUGGUCAAAUUCUUCAUUAUUCUUUGCAGAAAUUUAUCUAAUGUGGAAGAAAUUGGGACUUGCUCUUAUAUCAAUCAUGUUAUCACCAUAACAACAUUCUAUGUACAGCAAUUGAAAAGCAAAAAAAAGGAAAAGGAAAUGGCUGAUCAUACAUCAAUUGAAGAGUUUGUAAUCCAUGCAUUGGCAUUUUGUGAAAGUUUAUAUGAUCCGUAUCGGAACUGGAGACAUAGAAUUUCAGGGCGAAUCCUUAGUACUGUGGAAAAGAGCAGACAGAAAUAUAAACCAGCUUCUCUCACAGUAGAGUUUGUCCCCUUCUUUUAUCAAUGUUUUCAGGAAAGUGAACAUCUCAAGGAAAGUCUUAAGUGUUGCUUAUUGCAUCUCUUUGGAGCUAUUGUAGCUGGUGGGCAGAAGAAUGCUUUGCAAGCAAUUUCUCCAGCCACCAUGGAAGUUCUUAUGCGUGUUUUGGCAGAUUGUGAUUCUUGGGAGGAUGGAGAUCCUGAAGAAGUGGGAAGGAAAGUAGAACUAACUCUAAAGUGCCUUACAGAAGUGGUACAUAUCCUUCUGAAUAGCAGCUCUGAUCAACGUCAAGUGGAAACCAGUACUAUUCUGGAGAACUAUUUUAAAUUGUUAAAUUCAGAUCAUUCAGCUUUACCUAAUCAGCGGAGGUCCAGGCAGUGGGAAGUGCGGUUCAUAGCACUCCAAAUCAAGAUGCUGAAUACCAUUACAGCCAUGUUAGAUUGCACUGAUAGACCCGUUCUUCAGGCCAUUUUUCUUAACAGUAAUUGCUUUGAACAUCUCAUACGACUACUACAGAACUGCAAGAUGUUUCAGGGGCAGUUGGAUUGUUUGGCUGUAUCAACCAUUCAGGCUCUAACAGCAGUGAUGAACAAAUCUCCAGCUGCUAAGGAAGUUUUUAAAGAAAGAAUUGGUUAUACACAUAUGUUUGAAGUACUAAAAUCCUUGGGUCAGCCACCAGUGGAACUACUUAAAGAACUUAUGAAUAUGGCUGUAGAAGGUGACCACACUUCAGUUGGUAUUUUGGGCAUUAGUAAUGUCCAACCUCUGUUGCUUCUUAUCCAGUGGCUUCCAGAGCUAGAAUCUCAUGAUCUGCAAAUCUUCAUCUCUGAUUGGCUCAAAAGGAUUUGUUGUAUUAACAGACAAAGUCGAACUACUUGUGUCAAUGCAAACAUGGGAAUUCGUAUCAUUGAAGCCCUUGAUUCCCAUUCUUCCCUUCACCGUGUUUGUGCUGAGAACUUGAUUGCACUCCAUAGUUCAUUGGGGAGUCAGUCAGUGAGCUCAGAAGAAAUCCGUCGGUUAUUAAGAUUGCUAAGAGUAGAUGAAUCUGAACACAUUCAUCCGUAUACCAUUCCUGUAACACGAGCAAUCCUGACAAUGGCUCGGAAACAAAGUCUGGAGAACGCACUGCAGUAUUUUAACUUGUCACAUAGUAUGGCAGGAAUCUCUGUGCCCUCCAUACAGAAGUGGCCAGGGUCUGCCUUUUCCUUCAAUGCUUGGUUUUGCUUAGAUCAAGAUCAGUUGACUCUUGGCAUGGCUAACAAAGGAGGAAAAAGAAAACAAUUGUACAGUUUUUUUACAGGAAGUGGUAUAGGUUUUGAAGCUUUCAUUACCCAUUCAGGUACGUUGGUCGUAGCAGUUUGUACCAAAAGAGAAUAUGCUACAGUUAUGCUUCCUGACCACAGUUUCUGUGAUUCACUUUGGCACAAUAUAACCAUUGUUCAUAUGCCUGGAAAAAGACCCUUUGGUCAAAGUCUUGUCUAUAUAUAUGACAAUGGACAACAGAAAGUCUCUGCCCCUCUUAGAUUUCCUGCCAUGAAUGAACCUUUUAUUUCCUGUUGUAUUGGUUCUGCUGGGCAAAGAACCACAACUCCUCCACCAUCCCAAAUCCCAGAUCCACCUUUCUCUUCUCCUGUCAUUCCUCAUCGGGCUUCAUUUGGCGGAAUCUUGUCACCAUCUUCCUGGGGAGGAACUAGUGAAAAAUCAAAAUUGAUUACCAAAUUGAUAUCAGCUGGAACCCAAGACAGUGAAUGGGGCUGUCCCACAUCUUUGGAAGGUCAGCUCGGAUCUGUCACCAUCUUCUCUGAAGCACUACAGCCUUCUCAGGUGAAGGCAUUAUAUUUAGCAGGUCCAAACUGUUUAAGCCCUUGGAAGUGUCAAGACUCUGACAUGGCUGACCUUCCUGGCAGUGUUCUCCUUCACUACACACCAAAGGCCUGCAAAAGCCCAAUCUGUCUUGAUUUAUCAACUAAUUGUUUACAUGGAAGGUUAACAGGAAACAAAGUAGUAAACUGGGACAUUAAGGAUGUUAUAAAUUGCAUAGGUGGAUUAAAUGUACUUUUUCCUUUAUUGGAACAAAUCAGCCACUGCAAUGAAGGACAGAUUCCUGAUGGAAUGAAUGAAAGUACAGUUUCUGAAUUGGUAACACCGGUAGAAGGAGACUGGGUGGUAUUGACUUCAACAAAGACAUCAGAGUCAAGACUAGAAAGAAAUUUAGUUGCAACAUUUAUUUUGAUUGUGAAGCACUUUAUUCAGAGGCAUCCUAUCAACCAGGACAAUCUUAUUCACUCCCAUGGAGUUGCCACUCUUGGUGUUCUACUUCAGAAGGUGCCAAGCACCUUGAUGGAUGUAAAUGUAUUGAUGGCAAUUCAAAUAUUAAUUGAGCAGAUAUCAUUAGAGAAAAAUAUUCAGCUCUUACAACAAAUGUAUCAGUAUUUACUCUUUGAUUUUCAUAUUUGGAACCGUGGAGAUUUCCCUGUUCGAAUUGGUCACAUACAAUAUCUUUCCACCAUCAUCAAAGACAGCAGAAGAGUUUUUCGAAAGAAAUACGGCAUUCAGUUUCUCCUAGAUACACUUAGGAUUUAUUAUGGGAGUGAUUGUAAAUAUAAUGAAUUGUCUCUAGAUGAUAUUCGAACAAUAAGGACAUCUUUAUAUGGACUAAUUAAGUAUUUUCUGAGCAAAGGUGGUACUCAUGAAGAAAUACAAAGUAUUAUGGGAUACAUAGCUGCUACCAAUGAAGAAGAGCAGCUAUUUGGAAUUUUGGAUGUACUCUUCAGUCUACUACGUACCAGCCCAACUAGAGGUCAGCUUUUCUUACUGCUGUUUGAACCAGGAAAUGCUGAUAUACUUUAUGCUUUGCUCUUAAAUCAGAAGUAUUCUGACAAACUGAGAGAAAUAAUUUUCAAGGUUAUGGAACAAAUGUUGAAAUGCACGAAUGUUUAUGAGCGAAGUAAGCAACGUAUUCGACUCAGAGAAGUUGGCUACUCAGGCUUAGGACUUCUCCUUAAUGAAACACCUAUUAAUACUUCUCUCAUUAAAAACCUCACCAAUCAAAUCUUAAAUACAGAUCCUGUUAUUAAUUUCAAAGAUCUAUUAUCUGUUGUAUAUAUAUCUCACCGAACAUAUAUAAAUGUCAGAGUAGUCAUCUGCAGAAAGAUAUUACAGAUUCUACAUUCUCAAGUAGAUGCAGCAUAUCAAAUAACACAGCAAGUGGGUUGGCAAGACACCUUUGUUAGGCUUUUUUUAAAAGCCAGUUUUGAAAAUGGGAAUACUCAUAAUAAGGACAACAGGACUGCUUUAAUGAAAGACAAUGACAAAAAUAUUUCAGCUGACGAUAUCAAGAGGAACUUUGAUGAAAAAACUGAUGAGGAAAAGAUCAGCUCUCUUGCUUCAACCAAUAUGUCUUCAGAUCAGUGGAGUUUGGAGGAUAGACACUCUCUAGACUCUAACACACAAUUCUUUCAAGAAGAUAGCUCUGUAGGAGAAUUAUCUUUCAAAUCAGAGAAUCAAGAAGACCUCUGGCAAUGUAAUCCAUCACAUUUGAGUUUAGAUUUCAGUGGAAUUGAUUCAUGUGAACUGAAUGAGAGUGGAAGUCACAUGCCAGACAGCCUGCCAAGCACUCCAUCCCCAGUAGAGUCAACGAAAUCAUUUUAUGUGCAAUCUGACAAAGAAAGUGGUAGCACAAAUGAUACGGGCUUCAGUGAUGACUUCUCUUUAUUUGAAAGCCAAGAGAGAUGUGAGGAGGAACUUCUUCAAUUACUGACAGAUAUUUUGAGCUAUGUAAUAUGUAAGGGACUUGAAAAGUCUGAUGAUGAUACUUGGAUUGAAAGAGGACAAGUGUUUUCUGCACUAACCAAACCAGGAAUAUCAAGUGAGCUGCUUCGACCUUCAGAUGAAAUAAAACUAAUAGGGCAGUCUUUUGAUAAAAUUACUUCUCUAAAGGAUUUAAGAUUCUUGAAGAUAAUAGGAUUCUGUAACAGUGGCACACCAGAGAAAGAUAAUCUGUUCUUCAACAAAUGCUCUCUUUUAGAGGAUUUAAUGCUACUCUUCGACUGUCUGUCAGUUUGGUAUGCUGAAAGCCCUGAAUGGGUAAAACUCUCUCAAAUUCAGAUCCAGUUGCUUCUAGGAUUCAUUGAAAAGGGUAAUUUACAGGUUUGUGCAGCGGCAUCAGCAAAGCUAAAUACACUCCUUCAGACCAAAAUGAUUGAAAAUCAGAAUGAGGCAUGUUAUAUUUUAGGGAAGCUAGAAAGUGUUCUAAGUCAAUCAAUCAAGGAACAAACUGAAAUUUACUCAUUCCUAAUUCCCCUUGUUCGUACCCUGGUUUCCAAAAUUUAUGAACUUCUCUUUAUGAACUUGCACCUACCUUCUUUACCUCUUACCAGUGGCAGCUCCUCAUUUUUUGAAGAUUUUCAAGAAUAUUGCAAUUCAAGUGAAUGGCAAGUUUACAUAGAAAAAUAUAUUGUACCUUAUAUGAAUCAGUAUGAAAUCCAUACAUUUUAUGAUGGUCGUGAGAACAUUGCACUUUAUUGGAAAGAUUGUUAUGAAGCCUUAAUGAUAAAUAUGCAUAAGCGAGACCGUGAAGGCGGAGAAAGCAAACUGAAAUUUCAGGAUUCUUUUGUGGGACCUUUUAAUCGAAAAGCACGCCAAGAAAGCAUGAGAUAUAAUAAUAUGCUUAAACAAGUUAGCAGUCAACAGUUAGCUACCCUGAGAUGCUGGAAGGCAAUACAGCUCUACCUUACUAGUGAGAGAGGACCUUGGGCUGAAAGGAAGGAGAGUCCAAUUCACUGGAAACUAUCUAAUGUGGAAAAUUAUUCCCGUAUGAGACUUAAAUUGGUGCCAAAUUAUAAUUUCAAACCCCAUGAGGAAGCUAGUGCCUUGAGAGAUAAUCUAGGUGUCCAGCACUCACAACCGUCCAGUGAAUCCUUGCUUUUGGAAGUUGUAAAACAAGUAAAAGUUAACGAUAUGGAGGAAGAUAAAUUAGACCUUCUAGAAGAUGACAUAACAACCAGAGGAAAUAUUGAUGAGAAAGAAGAACAAGAUCAAAAAGAAAAACUAUUACUGACAGAAGACUGUGAACUCAUUACAGUAAUAGAUGUAAUUCCUGGUAGAUUAGAAAUCACUACUCACCACAUUUACUUCUAUGAUGGGAGCAUUGAAAAAGAAGAUGGAAUAGGUUUUGAUUUCAAGUGGCCUCACACUCAGGUGCGAGAGAUUCACUUACGGCGAUACAAUUUAAGGAGGUCAGCCCUUGAACUAUUUCAUGUUGACCAAUCCAACUACUUUCUCAAUUUCAAAAAAGAGGUUAGAAACAGAGUAUAUAGCAGACUAUUGUCACUUCAUUCUCCAAACACUUAUGGAACCAGAUCACCACAGGAGGUAUUUAAGGCCUCAGGAUUAACACAGAAAUGGGUGAACAGAGAGAUAUCAAAUUUUGACUACCUCAUUCAAAUAAAUACAAUUGCAGGACGAACCUAUAAUGACCUUGCACAAUAUCCUGUGUUUCCCUGGAUUUUACAAGACUAUACUUCGGAAGAAUUGGAUCUUAAUAACCCAGCUGUAUUUCGAGAUCUUUCCAAACCAAUUGGUGUUGUUAAUGAUAAAAAUGCCAAAGCUAUGCGAGAAAAAUACGAAAAUUUUGAAGAUCCCAUGGGAACUAUUGAUAAGUUUCAUUAUGGCACUCACUAUUCAAAUUCUGCAGGCGUCAUGCAUUACCUUAUUCGCGUGGAACCAUUCACCACCCUUCACAUCCAGCUUCAGAGUGGAAGGUUUGACUGUGCAGACCGGCAAUUCCAUUCCAUCCCUGCUACUUGGCAGGCGCUCAUGGACAAUCCAUAUGAUGUGAAAGAGCUUAUUCCUGAAUUCUUCUAUUUUCCAGAGUUUUUGGAGAAUCAAAAUCAAUUUAAUUUGGGCUGUCUACAAGCUUCUAAAGAAGUAGUGAAUGAUGUCAUUCUCCCCAAAUGGGCUAAGUCAGCUGAAGAUUUCAUCCACAAACAUAGGAGAGCUCUGGAAUCUGAGUAUGUUUCUGCUCAUCUUCAUGAAUGGAUAGAUUUGAUUUUUGGCUAUAAACAGAGGGGACCAGCUGCAGUAGAGGCUCUCAACGUUUUCUAUUACUGUAGUUAUGAAGGAGCUGUGGAUCUAGAUGCCUUAACAGAUGAGAAAGAAAGAAAAGCCUUAGAAGGGAUGAUUAAUAAUUUUGGGCAGACACCUUGUCAACUGUUAAAGGAACCACACCCUCCGAGGUUAUCGGCAGAGGAGGCAGUGCAGAAGCAGACCCGAACAGACACUUCAACCUUAAACCUGUUUCAGCACCUCCCUGAACUAAAGUCAUUUUUCAUAGAGGGAAUUAGUGAUGGUAUUCCACUAGUAAAAGCCAUUGUUCCCAAAAAUCAAUCUCGCUCUUUUAUGUCUCAAGGCAGUCCCGAGUUAUUGAUAACAAUAAGUAUGAAUAACGUUAUUGGAACGCAUGGCUGGUUGCCUUAUGACAGAAACAUUUCUAAUUACUUUACAUUCAUCAAAGAUCAAUCUGUGACAAAUCCAAAAACGCAGCGUUGUAUGAAUGGCCCUUUUGCUCCAGGACUGGAAAUAACGUCUAAGCUAUUUGUAGUAUCACAUGAUGCAAAAUUGCUCUUCAGUGCCGGACAUUGGGAUAAUAGCAUUCAAGUGAUGUCACUAACAAAAGGCAAAAUUAUCUCACACAAUAUCAGACAUAUGGAUAUUGUGACUUGCUUAGCUACAGACUAUUGUGGGAUACAUUUGAUUUCUGGUUCCAGAGAUACGACAUGUAUGAUAUGGCAAAUAAUACAGCAGGGAGGUGUUCCUGUGGGCUUAGCAUCUAAACCUUUUCAGAUUCUGUAUGGACACACUGAUGAGGUAUUGAGUGUUGGUAUCAGCACUGAAUUAGACAUGGCAGUAUCAGGAUCAAGGGAUGGCACUGUGAUUAUACAUACCAUUCAGAAAGGACAAUACCUGAGGACUUUACGGCCACCUAGUGAGAGUUCUCUGCUCCUGACCAUUCGCAAUUUGGCUAUAUCUUGGGAAGGACAUAUUGUGAUCUACUCUAGCAUUGAAGAAAAAACCAACAUGAAGGAUAAAAAUACAUUGCAUCUGUUUUCUGUAAAUGGCAGAUACUUAAGAUCUCAAAUCCUUCAAGAACAAGUAUCAGAUAUAUGUAUAGUUGGAGAACAUGUUGUCACAGGCAGUUUACAAGGAUUCCUGUCUAUAAGAGAUCUCCACAGUUUAAAUCUCAGCAUCAACCCAUUAACUAUGAGAUUGCCUAUUCACUGUGUUUGUGUAACCAAAGACUACAGUCAUAUUCUUGUAGGAUUAGAAGAUGGCAAAUUGAUUGUAGUGGGAGUUGGCAAGCCAGCUGAGAUGCGUUCAGGUCAGCUUUCUCGAAAAUUAUGGGGAUCUAGCAAGCGCCUCAGCCAGAUUUCAGCUGGAGAAACUGAAUAUAAUACUCAAGAUUCUAAGUGAUUGUUAUCUCUAUCUUCUGUCAUGGAUAAAUCUUGAUUUAUUAUUUUGUCACCUUAACCACAUCUCUCAACUAUCUGGAAUGUUUCAGAAUUAUUAUCUCUGGAAAUCAGUUAAGGAUUAUAAAAUUUGCUAUGAUGUGUUUAUAAA